GGGGGGAAGAAGCUCAAUUAACAGAGGGCGGCAGAUGCCAAGCUCAGAAACAGCAGAAGAAGGAGCAGGACGAGCCGCCGCCCCUAUUAGACCCCGGGCUGGUUCGAAAAACUUUUCCCCCACCAAUUCCGAGGUCUGACACCGCCUCCCCCACCCCCCAGUCUCGUCCCGGCCCCGCCCUUUCCCUCCCCUCCCCUCCCUGCCCAGCUUGCUCUUUGCAGUCCCCUCGGUUUUCGCAGGGCAGCAAUGGAUGAAUUUUUGCAGCGAGCCAGAUCCAAACUGACCCGGAGCAAACGUUUGGACAAAGUGCAUGUGGUUCUUGGACAUAAGUCAUGUGACUUGGACUCUCUUAUUUCUGCUUUCACCUAUGCCUAUUUCCUAGAUAAGGUCAGCCCACCUGGUGUCCUCUGUCUGCCGGUGCUGAACAUAAGCCGGACAGAGUUCAGCUACUUCACCGAGACAAGGUUCAUUUUAGAAGAGUUGAAUAUCCCUGAAUCGGUCCACAUCUUCCGGGAUGAGAUCAAUCUGCAUCAGCUAAAUGAUGAAGGGAAGUUAUUUCUAACACUCGUGAGCACCAAUGUGCUGACAAGUGAGGAGAGAACUUUAGAAUCUGCUGUUGUCAAAGUCAUUAAUCCUGUUGAGAAAUGCAGUACCAGCUUGGACUUUCCGGACUUGUCUUCUUCGUUUGUGGUGAAAGAGAUUCUUCAGGAGGCACCAGAGUUAGUCACUGAGCAACUGGCUCAUCUCCUCAGAGGCAGUAUUCUCUUCAAGUGCAUAUCCAUGGAGUCACAGAGGCUUUCUGAGGAGCAGGAGGAAAUUAUUUCCAUGCUGGAAGAGAAAUUUCCUGAUUUACCUCCAAGAGAAGACAUUAUCAGUAUUCUGCAAGAUACCCAGUACAGUGCUCAAGGUUUAGGCAUUGAACAGACAAUGUUGAAGGACUUAAAGGAACUGUCCGAUGGAGAAAUAAAAGUAGGAAUCAGUACUGUGUGCAUGAACCUUGAGGUACAAAGUCAGCGGGGAAUAGAGAGAAGCUAGAACUCAAGUCAUUGUGCUUCACGUUAUUACCGCUAAAGCCCUGCUAGAUUGU